AUGUGGUCAUAAUGUAAUUUACUGAUAACAGAACGGCACACAACAAAUUUUAUUAGUGACGUGUCCCGUCCCGGUAUCACUAUCAGCUGUACUUAUGCCGAUGUAAACAAAACGUGACGCUCGCUUUGGCCACAUAGAAGUUUUCCCACGAGAUCAUUCACACAAAAUUUCAAGAUGAAGAACCCAAAGUUUCUAGUUUACGCUGGAGGUAUUUUUGCAUGUUACUUUUACUUCGGAAUUUUACAAGAACAAAUUACGAGGGGUGAAUAUGGACCUGAUAAAGAGAAAUUCAAAUGCAUUCUUGGUUUGGUGUUUGUGCAAUGCGUUGUGAACUAUAUUUUCGCGAAGAUCGUGUUAGCAGCAAAACCUCAAGGAGAAGACACAACCCAGAUUAAAUAUUACGCGUCCAGUUCCCUCACAUACUUGUUGGCCAUGGUUACGAGCAAUAUGGCCCUACAAUGGGUUAACUACCCAACGCAAGUGAUAGCGAAGUCCGGGAAGCCAAUUCCAGUGAUGAUAUUGGGAGUUCUUCUUGGGAGGAAGUCAUACCCACUCAAGAAGUACAUUUUCGUCCUAUUGAUUGUGACCGGUGUAGCAAUGUUCAUGUACAAAGACAAGAAAUCAGCAUCGAAUGAUUCAACUUUUGGUUUUGGCGAGCUUCUCUUGAUUCUAUCUUUGACUAUGGAUGGACUGACAGGCGCAAUACAGGAGCGAAUGAGACACGAGUCCCAAACGAGAUCUGGCCACAUGAUGGUUAACAUGAAUAAAUGGUCUGUAUUUUACUUGGGUAUUGGAAUCCUUAUAACAGGGGAAUUGGUGGAUUUUAUUACUUUUGUUGGAAGAUAUCCUACCAUAAUCUGGCGAUUGAUGAUGAUUUCAAUAGCAAGCGCAUUGGGACAAUUUUUCAUAUUCUUGACUGUUAGUGAAUUCGGACCACUACCCUGUUCUAUUAUAACAACAACCAGAAAGUUCUUCACUGUUUUAGGAUCUGUAUUCCUUUUUGGUAACGCUUUGAUUCUUAGGCAAUGGAUUGCCACCAUUGUUGUAUUCUCUGGCUUGACUUUGGAUGCUAUGUUUGGUAAAUCAUCAUCAAAAGUACCCAUUAGGAAGUAAUUAUUACUCCCUGCUGAAGGACACACAAGUUAUAAAAGCAAAUCGCACUCUCGGCAGUUACAGGGUAGAGCUGAAUUUUCCAGAUCUACUAUGGUUAUUGUUAUCACAGCCUUGGCCAUUACUUACGAGAGUGGAGAGGCCGCAACUAGUCAAUUUGUGACAUCAAACUAGCAGAUAUUUACCGAAAACAACAAUAAUCUCUUGGCCAUUGAAGCAUCGAUGAGUUAGGCAGUCACCGCGUGGACCAAUCAGAGUGGCCCUCGGUCGGCCAAAGUUGCAUGAGCGGCACGUUUAAAUCUGAGUGGAGUAAGGAUUUUCGGUAUUUAGCUUCAUUUCCUAAUUAUCAGACAGUGUCAUCAAUGGACUAGUCAGUUUCCUGCAGUGAAAUUUUGUCCUCUUUCGAAAAGGUUCUUUUUAGUUUUUGAAUUAGAUUGCAUUAGCCCCUGAGAAGAUAUGGGCACGAAAAGAACAUGCAUCAUUAUGCGUUCUCCGUGAGAACACAUGUUAAAUUGCGGAGGAGUUUUAUCUACUAGUGUGACGUCAUAGAAAAAUAGUUACAGCCUCUCCAUUCUCGCAGGCAGUGCCUCAGCAUAAGCUCUAUUAACCCUCAUCACCUGAAUGAACUUGAAUGAAGAUUUACUGAUACAGCCUGACACAACAUUCUGUGAAGGCUGAUUUUCUUUGUUGAUUCUUGUCAUAUUUUCUGACUGAACUUGCACUUAUGGAACAAAAGCAAGGAAACAUGAAUACAACAUUCAUGGCCACAAAGCAGUAUUCUAGGGCUCAUAGUGAAUUCACUUAGGUAGUAGCUUGCCACAAAAGAAUAAUUGCGAAAGAGUUGCAACAGUUUUCAAAAAAUACGUUCCAGCAAAUUGAUCCAUCAGAAGAAAUUAGCUCAUGACAGUUUACGUAGGCACUCAGCCUCAUCAAAAAUCAUAAAUGUUUGUAUUGAUACAUAAUCGUAGGUAUAGUCUAAUUAAAUGCAUGAUUGUGAUUGUCUCAAAGAUAGCAUAAUUGUGAUAGUCUCAAUAAUUGUAUAGUCUGAUUAAAUGUACGAUUGUAAUACGUGUAAAGCACUUGGAAUACUCCAGGGUACCACUCUCUAAAAAGGGGAGGUCACAUAGCAUCUACCCAGAUUUUUUAUUGAAAUACGACCCAAAAAUUAUGAGGAAAAAUUGGAUUCCUACUGUGGCAUUUUUGCUAAAGGGCCCCCACGGUUUAUUAAAAAAAAAAAAAAAUCGAAAAAUUGCCUCGAGGAUGGGGGGUUUGUUGUAGAGAAACAUCCUCAAACUGUUGAAGAGCUGAACAAUUUUCUCUUGAUAAUUAUCAAAAUAUGUUAGCGUAUACGAAAUUCUAAAAUGAUAACAGCCCCCCCCCCCUCACAGGAAAUUUAUCCCGCUUUAAAAAUUGCACAGCAGCAGCUGUGGCUAUUUUGUUCUUGUACAGGUAUUUUGUUGUAAAUAAACUUUAUUUUGUUAUUUUUUACUUGA